AAUCCGUACCAGUAGACAUUAACUGUGAUGAACAGAUCUUUCUAUAAAUCACCACCAGAGGUCGAUAUAGACGCUAUUAAGAUUUUGGAGGACACACCACUCAUUGAUUUUCAGAUACCUUACCAUGAUAACGAAAUGGAUUUCGUACAAUUUUACCUUCGUGAAAUGUCAGAUUUUGGUUUUGUAAAUCUAACAUCUGAUGGUAAAUUGAGUUAUUACCCAAAAGAAGACUUUUUUGGAAACGACACCGUUAAAAUAGCCUUGAAGGACGUCGCUGAAAAGUCUACAAUUGUGAAUAAAACUAUUUUGAUUGAAGUAGAUGAAGUUAAUGACAUGCCAAUGUUUGGAUAUCUGUAUAACGAUUCCUCUUAUAAUGUUAUGAACAAUAAAAGUUUGACAAUCAUUUUGGAAGGAAACACAACUUCUCAUCAUCUGUUUAACUUUGUCUUUGCAGAUGUUGACAAAAAUGAAACUCUCUCUUUUAUUUCUAGCUUGAAUAAUACAGCAGACGUCCACAUCACCACUACGCGCAUUGAUGAUGAAUGGAUUCUAAAUGAAACUUUCGGAUUAGAAAAUAUACGAACACAUAAUGAAUACUCGGCAGAUAUGGUUAUCAAUAAAACGUUCCAUGGUGACUUGUUUUAUUACAUCUUAGGGUUUGAUAAUCACAACUUUUUCACCGAGCGAUUGGAGACUCAUAUUUUUAUUCUCUUGUCUCCUUGUGUCCAUGGUUUUUGUUCUCCUAAGUUUACAUUUUCUCCAUCUUGCCAGGAUACUUCAAGAGCUGCAUCAUUUGAUUCUUAUAAAUGCACGUGUUAUCCAGGAUACAUGGGAGUGUGGUGUGAAAAUGAAGUUGACGAAUGUCUGCAGCAACCUUGUGGUGUUUUCUUCAAUUGUGAAGAUAAGAUCAACAGUUACAGAUGUAGCUUCAAACAAGAGGCGAUAGCUGGUCUGAUAGUAGUGGGCUUACUGAUUAUCAUAUUACUUGCCAUUUUUUAUCGAUUCUUCUGCUGCAAUGCAAAGACGUACAGAAUCGAACACGAUAAAGGCGAAACAUUUGAUGAAUCCAAUGACAAUCUUCUAAUUGGGUUCAGAAUUCUGCCUUCUAGCGCCACUGAUUUACAACCUCACCAUGAAAAAAUUGAAUUACCGCUACACGAUGUAGUUCAGUCACCGCAAAAAAUUUCAGCGGGUUCGGAGAAUGUGUCAGCAGUCACACAAUUUGUUGAUGGAAGUGACCAAGAUUACCAUGAACACAUUGAAACAGGUUUUUCUAGAAAAGACACUGGAAAUAAUUCAUCAACGAAAACACGCAUGGAAAGUGAAGACUAAGAAAAACCAUUGUUUGCAACGAUAAAGCAAAAAUUUGAAAAGAAGUCAGUGCAUGGGAUUCGUUACUCAGAUCCAAUUGUUGUACACGAAAAUUCUCCUCAUUCACUCGAAGUCCAAAGAAUCUAUUCUUCAGGUGAUGUCUAGUGAAUCAUAUUAAGCGUUAUAGCAUAAAAUGCCAGAAGUAGAAUCGUCUCAAAAUUCUCACUUGGAAUAUGAACAGACGAUUAAAAGAUAGAUAUAAUCUACUAUGCGACCCCCUCCUUUCGCGAUACCAUUAUCAACUCGGAUAAAAUAAGAAAAAUAGACUAUAUUAGGAGAACUCAAUCCUGCACAAAUUGUACUUGAAUAAUCUGAAAAUGCCCUGAUUGACCCUCAAACUCUGAUUUUGGAGAAAAAAACUAACAGAUAUUGUCCCAUAGAACCUGGCUCAAUGUUUACCGAAACAAUUGCCACCAGAGAAAGUUAUGACAGCAUGUAAAGUUUUUCUUAUGAUUAUAAAACCUUCAUUGUUAUUUUACCAGAGGUAUAACCGGUUACAAUUUGUCAUCCUUAGAUUUUAUGUUUCAUUUGAUAAACAAAAAAUUUUUCUACUCUAUUAACAUUUUUAUCAUGUUUAUUUAACCUCUAUUUGCUUUAAUACAUGUACAUAGCAUCUUUAUAU